AUGUCCGAGUCUAUUCAAAAUCUUGAUUCUGUCGAUCCGAUCAGCCAAUGCGAACCAGAACCAGAACCAGACCUACCUGUAAAAGAGGAUCAGGAGGAGGAGGAAGUAGAAGAUGACGAGGAAGCAGAAGAUGAUGAAGGAGAACCUCGACUCACAAAGCCUUGGCCAAUAUGUGGAAUUCCAGAAGAACGAGAAAUGUCUCCUGAUGAUGAAGAUCAGACAGGUUUACCGACUGAAGACGGCCUUACUAGCUUAAUCAACGAUCGAGACAUGAUGAUCGAAAGAGAAUCGGGUCUAACAACAAUGGAAGGUGAUUUGGAAACCGAACCUGAAGCGAGUAAAGUGGAAAUCAUCAAUCUUCAAACCGACAAUAUCUUGUCAAGGAACGAAGGCGUGAAGCAGGAAUUUAAUAAUACUUGCCAACCAGAUCAUUCUAAUCAACUCAACCUUCUCGAAUCUGAUUUAACAUCAAUCAAUGAUCCUCAAAUCAAACCUGAACAAAAUGAAUCUGAAUUAUUUGAUGAUUCGAUUUCCACUACCAAUCCAUUUAAUAAACUUCAUUCACCAAGACAUAUAGAUUCUUCAACCGUUGCGAUUCCUCCGGCAUUUCAAACCUUAUCGGGUCAUAUACCUUUUAACUUUUUUGCUACUCGUUCUCAUCCUUGGAAUCGGUCCGGAUUUCGGUAUUUGGCAUGUGGUCCAGCUCGAUCAGAUGAACCAAACGAUUCACCAGGAAUGAAUGAUAGAUAUCCUGUCUAUCAUGCUAUUGAAACUGUACCUCAAGGUCAAGUGAAAUGGGCAUGGGAAGAUCGUAGUAAUUAUGUUUAUAUCACAAAAGAUGGUUUAGCUGUCACCACUGAUCGAGGCUUUCGUUCUGCAAGAGCUAAUCUUCCGAUUCGACAAGGUCGUUUUUAUUUUGAAAUCAUUCUCGAUCGUGCAGGUGGUGAAGCUAAUCCAGGUUCACGUUCUGAACCUGAACAUGCUCAUGUUCGGAUCGGUUUAGCAAGAAGAGAAUCAGGUUUAAAUGCACCCGUUGGGAUUGAUGGUUAUUCUUAUGGCAUUCGAGAUAAGACUGGAGAAAAAGUACAUUUAUCUAAACUUGAACCGUAUGGAGAAGCAUUCAAAUCAGGUGAUGUGAUUGGGGUUUAUGUUGAUUUACCGCCUAUGAGAUCACCUGAUCCGGAUGAUCCUCAUGAUCCUGCUCGAAUCGAACGUCGUCGGAUCCCAAUCAGAUAUCGACGUCAGCUUUACUUUGAAUCACCUGAAUAUCCAAUCUCAAAAGAAAUGGAAGACUUGGCCGAUGCUGCUUCACCAUCGAAACUUAAACCUAAACCUCAGUUUCGGUCUACUUUACCUCCUCCACCUGCUGUGAAGAAACCGGUACCAGGUCAAAAACCGAUCGCUGCACCUAUUCCUACUUCUCAGGUUGAACCUACUGGAAUUGUUCAACGUGAAUUACCUGUUCUGAAAGGAUCUAAGUUGGCGUUUUUUAGAAAUGGUGUUUGUCAAGGAGUAGCGUUUCAAGACUUAUUGGAUUUUCUACCACUCAGAGCGCAUACAACAUCGUCUCAAGAUAAAUUGAAUUCUAAUCUGGUGACGAAUCUCACAGAGAGUACUUCACUUGAACCUUUAACUGCAAAUCGUGAAAAUCUUCAUGAUGAUGGAACCAUGGGUUAUUAUCCUUGUGUAAGUGUCUAUGGAGGUGGAAUUGCACGAUUGAACCCAGGUCCAGACUUUAAAUAUCCGCCACCAGAAGACAUUGAAGCAUGUCUCCAUCGAGUUAAUUCAACAAAGGCUGUGACUCCAUCUGACCCUUCAAAUCAAAUCGAUGGAUCUACUACCACCUCUACAUCUUCAAAAUGGCAAGCUUUAUCAGAACUUUAUCCGGUUUACCUAGCUGAACAAAAUCAACUUGAUAGACUUGAUGCUAUUGAAUAUCAACGUAGAGUGAAAGAAGAAAUGAAAUUAGUCGAAAUGGCUAAUGAGACCAAAGCACGUAAAAGACGUCGGGUUCCAUCGCCUUCAUCAAGACCGGUUUCUCCCACCAGUUCAUCAAGUCAAAGUGUUACGACGGUGACGAAGGGUCCCAAAGCGAAAAAGAAAGCUAAGAUUAGUAAUUUAAGUCAUUUGAAUGUGGUAACAUCUGAUGGAUCCAAAUCUCAAACGUUCAAACCUAGUCCACUUGGUGUGAUGGAGAUGUAUGAUGAGUCUUUACGUACUACUGAACCGGAAGUAGGUCUAAAUGAAACUCGAGUGGAUUCUUUCAAUGUAGAAAUGAGUACGACAGCGUUGGUUGGUGAUUCGCCUCCUGCGAUCAGAGAAGAUUUCGACGAUGAGAUGACUCAGCUUGCUCCAGUAGCUCAUCACAACUCUAAUCCGGACGUCGCACCACUCCCACCCUCGACCAUUGAGACCUCCACUGUAGAGAGUUCAACAUCAAAACUGGAUCUUGAAGAUCAGAUCGAGAUUGAACCUUCUGUGAGCGAGCCGGUCGAAAGUGAAUCUCAUCAAAAGCUUGAAUCGGGGAUCUCGAAUGAGCAAUCUAUCGUUACUGAGAUUUUACCGAGAUCUCCUCAAGCAUCUCUACAACCUUGCGUGAUUCAUAUUCCAACAAUCAUUUCACCCGACAUGCCACCUGGGACGGUUGAAGUAGGUAAUAUUGCUUUAGUUGAUCAAACUGUUGAACAAACUACUUCCAUGAUUGUAGAACAAGAAGUAAAACUACCAGACUCGCCUCUUGGCUCUCUUCCUCAAGUUUUACCACUUCUUGAAAAGCCAGAACCAGAUUCAAAUUCAAAUCCGAGUGAUGUUCCUUUAGUUGAUCAAACCGAUGAACAAUCUACUUCCAUGAACAUCGAAGAAGAAGUCAAAAUACCAAACUCUUCUAUGAUCUGCCUUCAAACUUCAAAUGGUCUUGAAGAUCCAAAAUCGGUUCCAUUAAUUGAAGAAUCUGAUGUGUUAAGUAGUUUAGAUGUGGAAAUUCAGAUUGAAAAUCAUGUGGAUCCAAGUCUUUGUUCACCUACCAUACCUAAAUCUAAUUCUUAG